CCCCGCCGCCGCGCAAGGCCACGCCGCUCUGACAGUUCAAGUCUCUUUUUGUCUUUGCUGAUAAAGUAGGAAAAUGUCGGAGACUGCUCCUGUUGCUCUUACUACGCCCGUCCCUGCGGAGAAAACACCUGUUAAGAAAAAGACGAGGAAAACGGGCGCAGCUGCCGCUAAGCGCAAGGCGUCCGGGCCGCCGGUGUCCGAGCUCAUCACCAAGGCCGUGGCCGCCUCCAAGGAGCGCAGCGGCGUGUCCCUGGCCGCGCUCAAGAAGGCGCUGGCGGCCGCGGGCUACGACGUGGACAAGAACAACAGCCGCAUCAAGCUGGGUCUCAAGAGCCUGGUGAGCAAGGGCACCCUGGUGCAGACCAAGGGCACCGGCGCCUCGGGCUCCUUCAAGCUCAACAAGAAGGCGGCUUCCGGGGAGGCCAAGCCCAAAGCCAAGAAGGCGGGCGCGGCCAAGCCCAAGAAGGCUGCUGGGGCGGCCAAGAAGUCCAAGAAGGCCUCGGUGUCAGCCACCCCCAAGAAGAGCGUCAAGAAGACCCCGAAGAAGGUGAAGAAGCCCGCAGCGGCUGCUGGAGCCAAAAAAGUGGCCAAGAGUCCGAAAAAGGUGAAAGCAGCCAAGCCCAAGAAGGUGACUAAAAGUCCAGCCAAGGCCAAACCCCCUAAACCCAAGGCGGCCAAGCCUAAAGCUGCAAAACCGAAGGCUACGAAGGCAAAGAAAUCAGCGCCUAAGAAGAAAUAAAGUUACAGCGGCAGGUUCUGCUUUGAAAAUCUCAAAGGCUCUUUUCAGAGCCACCCACUAAUUUCAGGGAAAAGA